ACUCUCUCUUCAACUCUAAAUCAGGUUUCUUCCUCUUCUGUUUCUUUCCGUGUUUCUAUUUUCCUUGAAAGCAUCCCUUUUGUUUCGUAUCUUUGAUCUCCACUUUUCUGGGUUUCAUGGCUACUGAUUAAAUAAAAUUACAAUGCGUAGAUGAUUCCAAGUUCCUCGUAUCAUCAUAUGUUUUAGAUUUUUUUUGGAAAAUUCGUAUAGUAUUGACAGUCACACAUUUGGUUUUACUUAGAGAAAGUUAGAUAUGAUUCAAGCCUUAGCUCUAAAGUUAGAUGCUUCAAGCCUCGGUCUUAUUAAUAACCCAAGGAUUUGAAUAUUGUCAGGUGGCAAAACAAAACCCAAUGGCUAUGGUGGUUUCUGGUGGAAAGAUGCCACUUCACGCCAAUGCUCUUCCUCUAAGUAUCAUCAACACCAAAACAAGAGUCCGACCUGCAGCAUCCUCGUUUCCGCUAUUCUCACCCGCUCCUCACAGUCACAGCCCUUCCAGCUCCCUCUCCAUCCGCUUCAAGCCCUUGCAGCAUGUUUCCCGGUCUCUCUCCGUGGUAUCUUCUGUUCUGUCAGAGGACAGAGCUACUGGAGUUAGUGGCUCUGGGGGGACAGAUGCAUUCAAGCUGACAUACUUGGAGGGAAAUAGCUGGCUAUGGGAAACCGGUGGAUUCAGAAUCUUGGUUGAUCCCAUUCUUGUGGGUAAUUUGGACUUUGGAAUCCCAUGGCUCUAUGAUGCUGCCAAGAGAUUUUUGAAGGGCUUCAAGCUUGAUGAUCUCCCUGAAGUUGAUUGCCUGCUCAUAACUCAAAGCCUUGAUGACCAUUGUCAUCUAAACACCCUCAGGCCACUUUCCAAGAAAUCUCCUGACGUAAAAGUUAUUGCAACUCCAAAUGCUAAGCCUUUGCUGGAUCCUCUUUUCAGAAAUGUAACUUAUCUGGAACCUGGAGAGAGCUACGAGCUAAAUGCAAGAAACGGUUCUAAGGUUCGAGUCAAAGCCACAGCAGGACCUGUCCUCGGUCCACCAUGGCAACGCCCUGAAAACGGGUAUCUUCUUGCUUCCCCUGAAGAUCAGAUAUCUCUCUACUACGAACCGCAUUGUGUAUGCAACAUGGAACUUCUGAAGAAUGAAAGAGCCGACAUUGUAAUCACACCGGUCAUCAAACAACUUCUCCCACAAUUUACUCUAGUUUCUGGCCAAGAAGACGCUGUCCAGCUCGCCAAAAUCUUAAAAGCCAAGUUUAUUGUGCCGAUGCAAAACGGAGAUCUUGAUGCAAAGGGGAUUUUAGCAAGUAUUAUUAAGAAAGAAGGAACGAUAGAGUCAUUUAAGGACCUAUUGGCAAGAGAGCUUCCCAAAGCUCAAGUGUUGGAGCCCAUAGCAGGCGUGCCGCUAGAGAUCUUGCCUCCAACGUCAGACGUUUAGAAUGUAACGGUUACAUGAACAUGAAGAUACACACAUGUAUAUAUUAGGCAUUUUGUUGUUUUAUUUUUCUGUAAUGAACGAUGAUUAAAUAUUUGGGAAAUUGGGCCAUAUAGCCACACAAAAAAGCAUAAUUCACGUAA